GAUGGGCCCUAGCUGAAAAUGAAAAAAGUAGUCAGAGAGAACCUUGGAAACGAAUGACUAAACAAAUCAGAAGCUUAUUGGAAAAUAUGUUCCACGCAGGAACAGUUGAUAAUAAUAGCAAAAUUUCAGGUGAAGAAAUGUAUGAAGAAUUAUUAAAACGGGCUCAACGUGGUGAAUUUGACCAAAGUGAUAUCCCAAAAGUAUAUACUAUUAAUAAUUGGAUUGCAACGUUUAGUCGUAAAUGGAAGCAAAAUAUGGCAAGGCUUUCCUUAAAAACCUCUAGCAUAUAA